AUAAAUAUCAUUCCUCUACUGUUAUUUUUAGCUGUUGAAAACAUCUACAAAAUUAAUAUCAUUCGCAUCAUCAGAAGUACUCUCCUCCGAUAUGGCUUUACCUCUUCAAACGAUGUCGUACACUCUACGUUCCCCCACACACAACAUCCCAAGAAGCCACCGUCCGUCGCUUCUCCGUGUACGCUCUAAGUUCCCCACAAACAAGUCUCAGCCUAACCGUGAGAAGCUUGUUGCUGAGCAACGCCUUGUAAGUCCUCCUUCCUCCAACGACCCAACUCUACAAUCUACACGUACGCACUGUUUAUGGGUUGCAGCGGGUUGCACCACCGUGUUUGCCUCUUUUACCAAAUCUAUCAUUGGAGGAGGGUUUGGUUCUCAUCUCAUGCUCGAGCCAGCUUUAGCCGGUUAUGCAGGGUACAUCUUAGCUGAUCUUGGCUCUGGUCUGUACCACUGGGCCAUUGAUAACUACGGUGAUGAGUCAACCCCUCUUGUAGGAACCCAAAUCGAAGCUGCACGAGGUCACCACAAAUGGCCUUGGAUAAUCACAAAACGGCAGUUCGCAAACAAUUCACACGCUUUGGCUCGUGGCAUGACCUUGAUGGUUCUUCCACUAGUUCUUGCAUGUAAUGAUCCGGUGGUUCAUGGCUUCGUGAGCGUGUUUGCAUUUUGCAUAUUGUUUUGCCAACAGUUUCAUGCUUGGGCUCAUGAAAGCAAGAGCAAGCUUCCACCUCUUGUGGGGACGUUUCAGGACAUGGGGCUUCUCCUUUCACGGAGGCAGCAUGUGAAUCAUCACAAGCACCAACUUACGUAUAUGAGUUACUGCAUAGUGAGUGGGAUGUGGAACAAUGUUUUGGAUGAGAAUAAGAUCUUUGAGGCAUUAGAAAAGGUGUUAUAUGUCCAGUUUGGGGUGAGACCUAGGUCCUGGAGCGACCCAGACUCCGAAUGAACAUAAGAAUUGAUAUCUCUUCCAGAAAAUCAUUAAACGAUAUAUUUCCAUCUCUUGCUUUAUCUUAUAUCUCAUGUUGCAAUAAUGUUCGUGUUGAUUGUCUCAAAAGAUAAAACACAAAAAGAGUAAAAAGAGUAUCAGCGCGUCCACGCG